AAGAACGAAAUAGAGAAGAAAAUAAGCGUGUGCCGUCUGGAGCGCAGAAAGAGAGAGCAGAAGAGAAAUGACAGAGAUGCACGAUAGACCACGUCCCACAGAACCGCUAGCCCUGAGUCCGAAAGCAUCACUGUAAAGAGUGAAGGCCUUCUGAUGAGCGAACAUUCAACAGCGACGAGAGAUGGACCAGAAGGGACACAUUUGAUGAACAAGUAGCAGCUUGGAAAAGUACACUCACGGACAUACAAUACAUACAGUAUACACUCUGGGAUGGAGAGGAACUUACAAAUUCCUUGGCAGGAGGACUGCUACAUGGAUCUCAAAUCCACUUCUCCAAAAUCAGAAACUCGCAAGAAGAUGGAGGAUGCUGGUUGGCUGCUCAGGCAUCAGAAAUCAUUGCAGCGUUUUGUCUCUGUCUCAUUAUUGAUGGAUAUGGUCAACCACAUGAGGAAGUCAGAGCAGCUGACUGCAGAGGACGCAAGCAUGAUUCAGGGCAGGGGGUCUUUAGAGGAUAAAGUGCACACGCUGGUUGAGCUCCUGCGCAUAAGUGAUCCACAGGGCUCCACCCUCCAGGCUUACCUGCAGAAUUCACAUCCUGAUGAGUACAACCUCGUAACUCUGCACGAUUCUGUUGUUCAGCAACAUAAGGCUGUCCUCCGGAAGCGAGUAGACACUGAAAGCCUCACCCACCAAGUUACCAAUCAUAGCCAUGGCCCAGCACUAUUACUGGUUGAGGGGGUGUCUGACCUGCAGCAAAGAGAGCAUGAUCUAAUUCAAGUGUCUGUCAACAGAGGGACAGCACCUUUGCAUGGUCGUCCACUGGGACUGGAUAGACUGCUUGCUCCACUGACAAGGGUCAGCACUGCCCCUCGUGUGACACUGACAGUAGGUGUGGCCGGCAGCGGAAAGACCCGACUAGUUCACCAGUUUGUCCGUCUAUGGAUUUCAGGGAAGAUAUUUCCAGAUCUGAGCUUAGUGAUUCCUGUCGCUUGCUGGGAACUGAGCAGUUUUGAUCGGCUGUCGGUUGAGAGAAUGCUUCGGUCAAUCGUUCCAUAUGAAAAUGUUGAUGUGAUUUUGAAUGGUGGCAUCUGUAAAGUACUGCUGAUCUUCGAUGGGUUGGAAGAAUUCCGUACCCCUUUGGACUUCUCUGAAGCACCAGCUACCCCUGACCCUCGUCGGGAGCUACUGGUGUCAGACCUCAUCACAAAUAUUGUCAGGGGCAAUCUUUUGCCAGGGGUGACUCUCUGGCUUCUGUCAAGACCUGGCGUGGGGUCAAAAGUACCUGCAGGACUUGUGGACCGUGUCACUGAAGUCCAGCCUUUUACACACACUCACAUCCAGGAUUAUCUUACAAAGUCCCUCACACGCUCUCAGGAAAACUCUUGCAUGCCUUCCCGACCAUCCACUCCAUCUGCUCCUCGCUCACAUGCAUCAGAGGACACUCCUCACCAGGUGUGGGAUCACCUGAGUUGCCAGAAGCCUGUGCUAAUCCUGUGUUCGGUACCUGGCAUCUGUCGCAUUGUCACAACAACACUGUCCCACCUUGUAAGGGCAGAGUUGGAGGACAUACCUCUUCCACGGACCCUGACAGAAAUAUAUGCUCAUUAUUGCUGGCCGCACCUCACUUCCGCAGAUCCUUCCAGUGGAAGCAUCCGAAAACCAUUGGCCACUCUUGGGCGCAUGGCCUUCUACAGCCUGUUACGUCGCCGUCAUACAUUUAGUGAAGCUGAGUUACGAACAUAUGGUGUCGAUGUCCCACCACCACUGGGAACUCUGGGACACCGGGUCCUCCAGCGUGAGCAGAGCUGGUCAUCAGAAUGUGUAUCAUGGCGGUUUGUACAUACCUCUGUGCAAGAGUUUCUUGGUGCACUCUUCUACUACACAUCUUCUCGACGAGGAAUGUUUGAUCUGUUCUCUGAAAGUAGUGUCUCAUGGCCCCGUAUUGGCUUCCCCAGCCAUUACCGUGCUGCCUUGCAGAAAAGCAACAGUGCUGCAAAUGGUAACCUGGACUUCUUCAUGCGUUUCCUGUCUGGACUAUUGUCUUCAGCAGUGGGGGGUCUGCUGGGUGGAGCUUUGGGAGUAGGCCGUGAGGAGCAGGUGACCCAACGCACCAUGGGGACGACCCUACUUCAGAACACUGUGGUAGGGUCAGGGGGCGAGGCGGUUAGCAUGCGCAGCAUUGCCACAGUGGCCUGCCUGGCAGAGCUGCAGCAGGGAGAGUGGAUACGGUCAGUGGAGGAGGACCUUAUAGGCUGUAGGCUGCGGGGAAAGCUAAAGGGUGGAGUGUGUGCAGUGCUGGCAUACUUGCUGCAGGUGUCAGAUGCUUGUGUUGAUGAGACACACCUGUCAAACUGCUUAGACUCCGCUUCCCUCAAGAGACUCCUUCCACAGCUCCUGUACUGCAGCAAGCUACGGAUGGAAAAUAAUGAAUUUAAGGACGAUGCAAUGGAGCUUCUGGGGAGUUUACUGAGUGCCAAAGACUGCCGUAUUCAGUCCCUGAGUUUGGCAGAGAAUUCCAUUAGCAGUAAGGGGAUCAAGCCACUAAGUCGAGCUCUUUUGGUCAAUCGCACACUCACCGUACUGGAUCUCCAUGGCAACAAUAUUGGCACCAAAGGAGCAAAGGUACUGGCUGAGGCCCUGAAAUUGAACCAGGUCAUCGUGUCAGUUAAUCUUCAGAGUAACAGUAUAGAGGAUGAGGGAGCUCGAGCACUGGCCGAUGUGUUGCAGUCCAACCGGAAACUCACCUCUCUGAAUGUUCAGAAGAACAGCAUUGGCCCAGAUGGAGUGAAGAGAAUUGCAGACUCCCUGAAGAAGAACCAGAUUCUACAAGAUCUCAAUGUGUCCAGUAAUCAUCUGGGGGAUCUGGGGACAGUAGCUCUGGCACAGGCUCUCAUGGUCAACCACACACUCUGCACUCUCAGGCUGCAGAGUAACUCCGUCAGUGAUAAAGGGAUGAAGGCUCUCACACAGGCACUGCGCUCCAACAAAGGCCUGACCAGUCUGAACCUGCGGGAGAACUCUAUAGGAGUUGAAGGUGCCAAAGCCAUUGCCCGAGCCUUACAAGAGAACAACACACUCGCAGAACUAGAUCUCACUGCUAAUCUUCUCCAUGACGAGGGGGUGACUGCCAUCGCUGGGGCAGUGAAAGCCAACAGAGCACUCAGAUCUCUACAUCUCCAGUGGAACUUCAUGAAGGGUGGGGCUGCUAAGGCUCUAGCUCGGUCUCUCCACAGCAACACAAGCAUCCAGCUCCUGGAUCUGCAAGAAAACGCUCUAGGUGAUGAUGGUGUUGUCUCACUGGCAGCCGCUCUAAGGGAGAACUCCUCUCUCGCAGUGCUCUAUCUUCAGGGAGUAUCGGCGGGUAAAGCUGGAGCUGUGGCCUUGGCUGAAGCUUUAAUGGUCAACCAAACUCUCCACACAUUGGACCUCCGUGGCAACUCCAUUGGAAUGGCUGGGGCCAAGGCUCUCUCCAGUGCACUGAAAACCAACAGGAGUUUGAGAAGUUUAAAUCUUCAGGAGAACUCUUUAGGAAUGGAUGGAGCUAUCUUCAUCGCCACUGCGUUAAGAGGAAAUCACCAGCUCACUUAUAUCAAUCUCCAGGGUAAUGGAAUCGGUGAGUCAGGAGCGAAGGUUGUUUCGGAUGCCAUAAGAGCAGAUGCAUCAGAGUGUGUGGUGGACAUCUAAGACACACACAGCCACACAUGCGCGCACACACACUUAACAUUUAUUUAUUUCUUUCUUCAUUUGAGUGUUGCUAUGUUCACGUAACUGUAAGUGUAACUGUAUAAUA